UCUACCAAUUCUUUAGCUCAGUCAUUAGAUGCCAUCCUCCAUCCACCCAUCUACAACUCCUUCCCUCCUCUUCGUCCAUCCGUCCAUCUGUCUGUCAUUUGUUCUGUCACAAUGCGGCGCUUGGUUGUCUGCAGUCUGUUGAUGCUGUUGAGUGUAUCAGUCCAUUGUCAGACUCAGAAUGCCAUCUGUGAGAUCUUCACUAAAACCAAGGAAGAUGGAUUCCAAUCCCUGGUUCUGGUUGGGCUCGCUCAAAAUCUUCCCAACAGUGAGUUAGGUGACACAGAGCCCCUGAUAAAGGAAGCUGUAGCCAUGGCCGUUAAAUGCUGCUCGGACGCUCCUUCAGAGGACUGCAACUGGGACAUGGCAGAUCUAUUUCGGAGUGCUCUUUGUUCCUCUGAAUCCCUGAUCAUGAAGAACAACCUGACACACUGCUGUGAGAAGACUGGCGCUGAGAGGGCUGAAUGCUUCGUGGAUCACAAGUCCAAGAUCCCCCAGGACCUGUCUCUUACUGUUGAGGUGCCUGCUGCAGAUCAGUGUGGAGACUUCUACAAGGACACCAAGGCUUUUAUCAAGAGGUUCCUGUUCACCUUCUCCAAGCAUAACCCGAGGAUGCUCCCACAUGUGUCCAUGUUGAUCAGUAAGGAUUAUAGAGAGGUUCUGACUAAAUGCUGUGGAGAUGCCGAGGCUCAGACCUGCUUGGACAACAAGAAAUCUGCUUUCCAACACGGCGUCAGGAAACGUGUUCAUGACCUGAAUUCCAUUUGCAUCGUCCACAAGAACUACGGAGAAGGUGUUGUCAAAGCCAGGAAGACAAUCGAGUACAGCCAAAAGGUACCUCAGGCCUCGUUCCAGGAGAUAGUGAACAUGGUAGACCAGGUCGUCGCCACGUAUCCUCCCUGCUGCAGUGGAAACAUGGCCAAAUGCAUUAAGAAAAGAAAAGAGCUGGGAGAUAGGAUAUGUUCUGAUGAGAGUCUGGUGUCCCGCACGGUGGGUCUGGCUGCAUGCUGUAAGGAGAACAUCACCCAGAGGGGGGCCUGUGUGACCAAGAUGAAGCCUGAUCCUAAGCCAGAUGACCUUUCCGAGCACUACGACCUGCACGCUGACAUAGGAGAAAUCUGCAACAACUUCACCAAGGAUCCUUACCACACUCUCAGGAAGUUGAUCUAUGAGGUCUCUGCGCGUCACCCUGAGUCUUCUCAGCAGCUGAUCCUGAGGUACAGCCAGAUGGCUGAGCAGGCCUUCCUCCAGUGCUGCGACAAGGAGGACCAUCCGGACUGUGUCAAAACCUCUUUGGCCGAUCUUGACCUUCAUAAGAACAUCACCAAUGACAAUAACGAAUUCAAGUUAUUGUGUGCCGCAGAGACCGCCACUGGAGAAGACAAAUUCGAGAGGAGAAUGUUUGUCUAUUACACCAAGUUAAUGCCCCAGGCCUCCUUCGACCUUCUCCAUCGGGUGUCUGAGACCGUCCAUGGUAUCGUCCAUGACUGCUGCCAUAAUAAACCAGGCCACUCUGACCUGCACUGUAUAGAGGAGAAGCUUACCAACACCCUUGAUGUCAUGUGUCAUAACAAUGACCCCUCCUCCAUUAACCCUCGCAUCACCCACUGCUGUAACCAGUCCUACGCCAUGAGGAGGCCCUGUGUUUUGGCCAUGGAGCCUGAUACAGAGUUCACGCCCCCGGAGCUAGAUCCAAAGAACUUCAGCAUGGGUCCCGAGCUCUGCAACCCCCAAAAAAAGGAGGCCAUGGUAUCAAUGAAGAAGCUGUUGUAUGGUCUGGUGAGACAUAAGAUCACCAUCACUGAGGAUCAGAUGAAGACCAUCACUUCUAACUAUGACAUUAUGAAGGACAAGUGCUGUGCUGCUGAGGACAAAGCAUCCUGUUUCAAAGAACAGGCACCAAAGCUGAUAUCUGAGAGUGCAGAGCUGCUCAAGGUUUAAUACAUUCAGGUCCAAGGCACUAAAUUACGAGGACAUGAGGUCUUGGCCCACACCUCCGGAGUACCAGGC